CGGUUGUGUGGAAAUCCAGCCUUAUCCUUUCAAAACAAAAUCAAAACGGAAGAUGAUGGAAUGACAUAAUUUGAAAUUAUUCAUCGAAACAGAAGUGAAUGUGAAUUCAAGUUGCAUUGCACUGAAGUUUAUAAGUCACAUUCACAAUUAGGAAUGUGUCUUAAGCUGACAGAAUGUAGGUACUGAAACCAAAUUUGGAGACGUUCCUUUAUUUUUCCUAAGAAAUAAAUCGGUGAACGCCCAAACAUGGAUCGUCUUUCACCCCUGGAAAAUAUUUUUAGUGUUAUUGGUAGUUUACCACAAGGCCACGACAAACCAGUGAAACAUGCAAUAUAUAAUGCAGUUGCCCUUUUUGUAUUAUUUUUGUGUUGUGGAGCUGGGUAUGCUGUCUACAUGAUUCUGGAACCAUUCAUCAAACCUCUGAUUUGGGCAGUUUUAGUUGGGUCUGCACUCCAUCCUCUGAAAAGAUCACUACGAUAUAGAUUUCAAACGUGGUUUGAAACUCUAGAAUCUACAAAUACUCCUAUGGUAUUCGGUAUUGUUCUACUUCCCAUUAAUAUUGUUGAUAGUAUAUCAGAGAUUCUUUGUGAAAAUAUGUGGAAGAGGUUGAAAGUUAUAUUUGUAUCUGUAAGUGUACUUAUAAUUAUGAAUGUAAUGUAUCAUUACACUCCAAAAUGUAUUAUAUCAAUAAUUUGGCAGUUGAUUUUAAACACGAACAGUUGUCUGAAGUUCUUCCUAGAUAGCUCAUCAUUAGGGACAGUACUUACAAUUGUCUUGGGAUAUUCUAUUAUAUUAUUUUUAUUUUGGAAACCUGAAAAUAACCUCAAGUUUCAUUAUACUUCCAUCCUAGUCUGGCUAAUGUGCUCUUCUUGCAUUGCACAACAGUUUGGAUCUCUCCAAGUUCAAGUAUUUGUAUUCUUACAAGUUAUUAUCUUCGGUGGAUUUGUUUCAGAAGUUUAUACCAUUUAUAAGACAAUGAUCGACGCAGGAUCGUCAAUAUCAAUAACUGAAUCUCUUUCAAUUGCUUUUUAUGCCGAUCAUAAGAGUUGUCAUAAAAGUUUAAAUGAAAAUGAGGAUGUUACUGAACAAGAGGAGUUUAACCCGACUACGGAAAAAAUGGAAAGUUCAUCUAGUGGCAGUUUAAUCGAAAGUGAAUUGUAUGAAAGUACUUUCUACUUGUUUUCUGUAUUAUGGGCUUGUAUUAUUAUGCUAUUGUGGAAAAAUCCAAUGCUUUUUUUGCUGUUGCCGUUGCCAAUAAUAUUUUAUAUUACAAAACUUGCCGGAAAGUAUAUCGGGCUUUGGGAAUAUAUAGAAAAGAAAUAUCAGAUUAUUUUUGAAGUGGUGAGUGUUUGGUGCUGGGAAAGGCAUGACGCUUUAGUACCUGUGCCAAUAAGAGGACUGUAUCACGUUGUAGAUAAAAUGAACGUUAUGACAAAAAUUGUCGUAAGGAACAGUAUGGAUACUGUAGCCAGUAUGGUUGUCAUAUCGGGACUGAUAAUUUUCCUUAUAUGUGCUUCUGUUUUCAUCUCAUUGCAGAUAUAUGCUGAAGGUAUCAUGCUAGUUCAAAUGAUGGGUAAUGUGUUCAACCAAACCGUCGUUCACAACCCCGAGUUGAGACAACUACUACCUCCUGCUUGGGAUGAUACAAUGGAUUCAAUUCUAGACAAUGCCUACCAGUAUGGAAGAGAGGGUCUCUCGAAAGUUGUGAAUGGAAUGAUGUCUGGGGUUGACUCGGCAAAAUCAGAAAGAUUAGAAAAACAAGUUCUAGAGUUGUGGGACAGGAUAUACCAAAAUUGGAUGUCGACAAAUGAUAGUAACGGUCCUAAAGUAACCGAAGAUGCUGUACAAAAGUCCUGGGAAGACUUCCUCAAGGACAUCCAAAAGACCCCAGAAAUGUUUCAUUUGGAUAGCUUAGCGGAGUUUGUGAGACAAAACUUUGGAACUUUAAUGUCUUUACUUGAAUCUGUCUGGGGCAUUGUCAAAGGCAAUUUAACAUUGAUUCUAGGUUCCUUCAGCACGUUUCUAUCUGUUAUAUUUGGUGGCGGCUCUGCCCUACUGAACUUCUUACUGAACGUGGUGGUUUUUUUAACGACGCUGUUCUACCUUUUGAACAGUAGUGGGGAUCUUUAUAAACCGGUUGAAAUAUUAACGAAUUUCUCUUCGAAGGGAGGAGGUUGUGGCCGUGCUUUAGAGGAAGCAGUUAAUGGUGUAUUUUCUGCCUCUUUCAAAAUGGCAGCAUUUUACGGAAUGUGGACUUGGUUUAUACACAACCUUUUUGGGGUUAGGAUUGUAUACAUUCCUACAGCAUUCGCUACAAUUUUAGGAGGGGUGCCGUUCCUUGGUACUUAUUGGGCUUGUAUACCAGCAGUUCUGGAUCUUUGGCUGGCUAAGGACGCAAAAGUUUUGGCGAUAACCUUUGCAAUAUUUCAGUUCCUCCCAACCUCUGUAGUUGAUGCAACUAUAUACAAAGAAAUCAAAGGAGGAGGACACCCAUAUUUAACAGGUUUAGCCAUUGCAGGAGGAAUUUUUUGUCUUGGAGUCGAGGGCGCUAUCAUGGGUCCUAUGAUUCUAUGUGGUCUUUACGUAGCUAUUAAUUUAUCAUCGUCUCUUUUAAAAGAUUCUCACGAAUCAGUUCAUUCUAAAGCACGGAACUGAAAUGAGAAUUACUUAUCAACUAAACUUUCAAUCUUAAAUAAUCGAUAAUAGAUCUAAUACGCUUUUGCUUAUUGACAAAUCUAAUUAUUAAUAUUGAAUAGAGUAUCCCUUGAAUUAUUUUUCCUCGAUAAAUGUGUUCUUGAAAGGGCAAAUAACUAGCUUUGUUCAAAAUGUCCCCGCAUUCUAUUUGAAUGUGAUUUUUUUAAAUGUCUGAAUAUCUGAGAAGUUAAAUGAAAGUCUUCAAGUCUAAUGAAUAUCUGCAACAAAAUUUAUUUUAGGAGCUGUAGCACUUAUAAAAUAGAUAGUUUUUAUUUUCUAAAGUGAUUCAAAAAAAGCUAGGUUUACAGAAACUGUAGCAAUGUUUCCUUUUCAUUUGUUGUUAUUUCUGUGUUUUGUUCUUGUUUACACUGAUGUUACCUUAUAAUGUAUAGUAUUAACAAAGUCAAUUCGAAUGGCAUAAAAACAAAAUUGUUACUGAACGUCGGCAGUUUCUUUGUAUGGCAUGGGCGGCGUGGUAUAAUUUUUUAGUCCAAUCAUUAUUUUUAUGUGGGAGUUUUUGUAUGGUGUUACCCAGUAAAUUAAUCAGUCUUUUAUUUAGCUGUUCAGAUUGACUUUGAAUAGACUAUAACAUCCUUUAUAUGUAGUACUCGAGGAACCUUUUUAGUUGAGUUGAAACUAGUUGGUUGAUGUUUGUACAAUACUCCUCAAAUGUAAUUUUAACCAUUACAGUACUGUUCUUCCAUUUCAAAAUGUUUAAAUUGCCUUUAUUUGACUCUAGAUCCUGUGAUCCUGAUGAGUACUACAUAUCUUGAAUAUUUUUUUCCAAAACAUUUUUAAUUUUUCGAUACUACUUAUACUGUGAUAUACUGCUUGUUAUAAUAGGGUUCUCGUUUAAUACCCUACAAUUUCUUACAACUAGUCAAGAUAUGGAAAAAAGAAUAGAUAUUUUUGUUUUCUCUGUAGUUUAUUUUUUUAUUUUAGUUUACCUUUUCUGUUCACUUAUAACCUUGCUCUAAUGCUUGUGGAAUAGAAUUAAAACACACUGAAUUAUC